CAAUUCUCUAUCUAAUAAUUCAAUAAACUUGUUACCAACAGUCAUUCUUUGUUACAAAUGUUGAUUUACUGUUAGAAUAGAAAUACUGCCAACUCAAAGUUCUUCCUCAUUGUGCACAGGGCAUGUUCAGCUCCAGAGGUAGAAGGCUUCUCAUGGCUGAUGCAGAUGGAGCAAGUAAAUUCUCUGACUUAGCAAGAUUAGAGACUGCUUUAGACGAUCUGAAUGGAAAGAAGGGGCACAAAGCUGUAAUAGUUUGUGGUUCAAGAGCUCAUCUUCAAGAUGAAGCUGUGGCACAACGUUCUCUCUUUAGGAACUUUCUAAUGUAUGGCUUUCAUUUCCUUGUGUGGUUUCUUUGUGUGCGAGGAAUCAAAGACACACAGUGUGGAUUUAAGCUUUUCACAAGACCAGCGGCACUGUUAACGUUUUCUGCCCUGCAUGUGGAGAGGUGGGCCUUUGAUGUAGAGUUGCUUUACAUUGCACAGCAGUUAAAGAUCACUCUUGCAGAAGUAGCCAUCAACUGGAAAGAGAUUGACGGUUCAAAGAUGGUUCCAUUUUGGAGUUGGUUACAGAUGGGUAAAGAUCUACUUCUCAUUAAUUUACGAUAUCUUGUUGGAGCUUGGAGAAUCGAACCAAUGAAGCUAAAGAGCCAAUAAAAUACGUAAAUUAUCAAUAUACAAUGCAACCUUGAAGUAGCGCCGAAAAUAUCGGUUUUUGAUGAAACGAUACUCGUUUUUGAUCGUUAACGUGACUAGAACUGGAGAAAGGACAGCCUCCGAUGUUCUGAGCAAUACACGACUCUUGUUACUGCGCAGCUUUAUUUUUUACGGUUAGGCCUACCGUCCGCAUUAGUAAGUCACGAAAACGGAGCUUUUCAAAAACGCUCU